AUCCAGAGCCCUUCACUUUUUCCCAUCCUCUUCUUCUGUUACUCUUCCAUCCUUGUAUAGUUAUUUUCCAGAAAAUAUCUCCACUCGCGAUUCCAGCUUAGGGCAGUAAAGCAAAGAUUUUCAGACAUUCUAUCUAAUUAAGUUUAAUUAAUCUCUCUACAAAACUCAACAACUUUUUAGCUUUGAGCAUGACGAGAAAGGAAAAGCAGCUACAACCUAACUAAUUAAGGAAAAUUGUUUUAUCCAAUGGAGGUCUUAUCUCUUGUCGGAGGUUCCCUUUUAUCUGCUACGUUUGACUUGAUAUUUGACAAGUUGAAUAAAUAUCUAAGUGAUCAGCUACAGGAUUCAAAGGAGGAAGUACGUACCCAGAUGGAAAGCUGGAAGACUCUAUUGCCCAAAAUCACAGCUAUACUUCAACAUGCAGAAGAAAACCAAGUCGCCAACCUGUUUGUGAAGACAUGUCUUGAUGAUCUCAGGGACUUGGCUUAUGAUAUGGAGGAUAUACUUGAAGAGUUUAUGAUUGAUGCCAAGAGGUCUGAACUGAUUGCAAAAUCUGAUGCUAGAGCCAACAAACGACAAAAAGUCACCUCCAGUGUCAUGAAUUUAUUUAGAUCUAAGGCCAAACCCAAUCAGGGGAUCAAUUCCGAGUUGAAUCAUCUGAAUGUUAGAUUGCAGCGUAUUGAAAAGGAGAUGCAUAAUUUUGGCCUGAUCAAUUUGAUUAUUAAAGCUGAAGAUAAGUCUCACAAAGUAGUUGUUGAAAGACUACUUGAGUCUCCUCUUCUUGAAGAUAAGGUGUGGGGUCGAGAUAGUGAUAAAGAUGUUAUUCUUCAAAGGUUGCUAGAAGAUGGAGGUAGUCUCGAACAAGACUUUGUUAUUCCCAUUGUCGGAAUGGGUGGACUAGGCAAGACAACUCUUGCUCGGCUCAUUUACAAUGAUGAACAAUUGGAAGGCAGGUUUGACUUGAAGGCAUGGGUUUGUGUUGCUGAUGUAUUUGAUGUUCUAAAAAUAACAAGAACCAUUUUAGAACAUGUAACUGGGGAGGAACCGCGUAACUCUGAUUUUGGUUUGCUUCAGGAGAAAUUGAAAGGGAAGUUAUAUGGGAAGAAGUUUUUUCUUGUACUGGAUGAUGUUUGGAAUGAGAAAUAUGGCCCAUGGGAUGUCUUGAAGAGACCUUUCAUGUCAGGAGCUCCUGGAAGUAAAAUAAUUGUCACAACUCGAAAUAAGGAAGUUGGGAUGAUGAUGAGAGGAGAUGAUGGAGUUUACAAUUUAGAGUUACUACAAGAUGAUGCAUGUUUGCCAUUAUUUACACGACAUGCAUUGGGGAAGGAGAACUUUGAUGCGCACCCAGACCUACAAGAUGUUGGUGAGAAGCUUGUUAAGAAGUGCAAAAGAUUGCCACUUGCACUAAAAACACUAGGUGGCGUGUUGCGGGGAAAGCUACGUCGUAAUGAGUGGGAAAAUAUAUUAAACAGUGAGAUAUGGAGUCCAUCAAAAGAUAGAAGUGAAAUUCUUCCUGCUUUGAGAUUGAGCUAUAAUAAUCUUCCUUCUCACUUGAAGCGAUGCUUUGCUUAUUGUGCUUUGUUCCCUAAAGACUAUGAAUUUGACAAAAAGGUGUUGGUUCGAUUAUGGAUGGCUGAGGGCCUAUUACAGCAACAAUCACAUGGAAAGAAGCAAAUGGAAGAGGACAUUGGUCAUCAAUAUUUCCAAGAGUUGUUAUCAAGAUCACUCUUUCAACCAUCAAGCAGAGUUGAAUCAUGGUUUGUGAUGCAUGACCUUAUAAAUGAUUUAGCUGUAGAUGUUGCUGAAGGAAUAUAUUGCAAUCUUGAACGUAAUAUGGGUGAUGAAAAACUAGAGAAGGCUUGUCAUUUGUCAUUCACUCCAUCCUUUUAUGAAAUCUCAAAAAGAUUCAUAGUCUUGGAUAAAUUAAAGCAUCUGAGAACUUUUUUGCCACUAAGAAUGCUCGGUAACAUUCCUAUCUCCUGUUUGUCAAACAAAAUCUUGCAUGAUUUCUUGCCAACUUUAAAUCGCUUAAGAGUGCUAUCUCUUUGCGGAUAUCAUAUAAGCAAGCUACCUGAUUCUUUUGCAAAUUCAAAACAUAUCCGAUACAUUGAUUUGUCUGAUACAAGAAUCAAAUGUAUACCUGAAUCAGUGGGUUCUCUUCUCUUCUUGCAAACACUGCUAUUAUGUGGUUGUGGUCAGCUUAGUAAGUUGCCUAUGACAAUUGGGAAUCUAAUUGAUCUCCAUCAUCUUGAUAUCACUAAUACAUCAUCUUUAGAAGAGAUGCCAUCAGGGAUAUGCGAUCUUAAAAAUCUUGUAACAUUGUCCAAAUUUAUUGUGGGGAAGGCAGGUGGAAUGAUGAUGAGAUUAUCUAAUUUGAAGAACUUGUCACAACUUCAAGGAAGAUUGUCUAUUCUAAAUCUACAAAAUGUUUUGGAUGUUCAAGAUGCUAGGGAGGCCAAUCUAGACAAGAUCCAUGGUUUGGAACAGUUAGUCUUGGGGUGGACUGGUUCUGAUAACAAUCCUUUGAAACGGUUAGUCUCAGCAUGGACUGCUCUUGAUAACAAUCAAGAUGAAUUAGUCCUUGGCUGGUUAAAACCUCAUUCAAAUUUGAAAAGUCUCAAAAUUUCUCACUAUGGUGGCCGGAGUUUCCCAAACUGGGUUUGUGAUCCAUCAUUAUUUUUGAAUUUAUCAUCCAUGGAGCUCAGCUAUUGUAUGACAUGCACUUUGUUACCAUCACUUGGCCUACUACCUGUUCUCAAAAAAUUGAUUAUUAAAAACCUAAAGGCAAUAAAAGCUAUAGGUUCUGAAUUUUGUGGGGGACAUGACUCUUUUCCAUUACUGGAGGAAUUGGAGUUUCAAAACAUGUUUAGUUGGAAGGAAUGGACUUCUCCUGCUGGAAGUGAACGUGAAUUCCCUUGUCUUCAUAGGCUUCUGAUUGAAAAUUGUCCUAAGUUGUUAGGACAAUUACCUAGCAACCUUUCUUCACUUAAAGAGUUGGUUUUUAGACAGUGCAAUGCGAUGCUUUUGAAGAGUAUGGGUGAUUUCACCUCCCUUGCUAAUUUGAGAAUUGAGGAAAUUUCAAAACUAACUGGCUUGCCUAUGAGUAUGAGUCUUCCAUCACUGAAGGAGUUGUAUAUUCAAAACUGCAAUGAGGUGCUUUUAAAGAGCAUGGUUGAUCUCACCUCCCUCACUAUCUUGAGAAAAAUGGCAAUAACAAAAUUAAGUUGCUUGCCAAAGAGUUUUACACAGUCCUUGAUAGCACUUGAGACUUUGGAUAUUACACGUUGCAAGGAUCUUACUUGUUUGUGGGAGGAAGGGACAGAAAUAGAACAAAGCUUCUUGCCUUUAAAUCUUAAACAUCUUAGCAUUGUGGGAUGUAGAGCUCUAGAGUCAUUACCUGAUGCAAUGAUGAUGAGGAUGGAUGGAAGCAGUAACAGCAACAGUAGUAUGUUGAUGUCGAGAUUGGAGAAGUUGGAAAUUUGUGGUUGUGAUUCUCUCAAGUCUUUUCCAAGUGGCAUAUUACCCAUCUCGCUUAAAUACUUGAGAAUAGAAAACUGUAAAGGCCUUGAGUCUCUACCGAAUGCUAAUGGUGACAAUAAUAAUAGCAAUCUACAUUUGGAAAUAAGGAAUGUUCCAUGUUUGUAUUCUUCGGAGGGUUGUCAUCAACUACUAGCUUUUCUCAAAAGUUUUGAAGUUACUAAUGGUGGCGAGUGGUUGGCAUCAUUUCCAGAGAGGAUGCUGCAACAUUGUACGGGACUUAAAUCCAUUGGUAUUCACAACUGUAAAAUAUUGAAUUGUUUGCCCAACCUUGAUUGCGUCAGUAGUCUGGUUAAAUUAGAAAUUUAUGGUUGUAAAGUUUUAAAGUACUUACCAGAAGAGUUGGGGUUAUGCACCCCCAAUCUGAAGCAUUUGAGAAUAGGAUGGUGUGACAAUUUCAAAUCCCUCCCAAAUACGAUGGAUCAGCUGAAAUCUCUUCGAAGGCUAGAGAUGGAAAGGUGCCCCAGCUUUGAGUUCAUUCCAAAUGGGGGUUUGCCCUCAAACUUAACAGAGCUUCACUUAGAGAACUGUGUGAAUCUCAAGUCUCUGCCAAAUACGAUGUACCAACUCACAUCACUUCAGAGUUUAAGAAUCUCAGGUGGGGCUUUGAUGAUGGGCCUCCAAAACCUGACAUCUCUUCAACAGUUGACAAUUGAGCAGAAAUUCCCUCUGGAUAUUGUGCUACCUUCUUCUUUAACCUCUCUUCAUGUCUGUGAUGAAGAAAAUUUGGAAUCCAUGCGUGGGGGGAUCUUCCAAAACCUAAGCUCCCUUGAAGACUUAUGGAUCUCUAACUGCCAGAAUCUACGAUCUUUGCCAAGGGAAACCUUCCCUCCCUCGCUUGGAUUACUACGCAUUGUGAGGUGUCCGCAUCUGAAACGACAACGCUUUGAGGCGAAAGGAGACUAUUGGACUCUCACCCAUGGCAUCCCGCACGUUAACAUAGACUGGCAAGAGGUUCACUGCUUGAGCUAGGGAGCUAUCUACAACCAAUUGUUAAUGAGAUUAUUUGAGAGGGGAUGAAUGGUUGGCCUUGGCAUUACGGGAAUUCAUAAAUAUAUUGAUAAAGCUACAACCACAAAUGAGCUUGCAAGUUGCAAAAUGAGGUUCUUAGGCAAGCCAACCCAUUCGAAUCUUGAAUUCAUUACUGCAGAACCUCAUGUUUUCCAUUUUGAAGAAUUGGGGAGAGUUUUGAAACAAGAAUUGAAUUUUGAUUCAGAAGGAUAUUCUCAAUGGUACCCUCCUUUCCUGCCACAUGUUUUUUGGUGGUUUUCCAUCUGGACUGGCCUUUGUACAAAUUAGAUUUUUCUGCUAGCUGGAACUGGAAAACGGAUAUCACCAUUGCUGAAUUAAACAAUCUUGUAGUCU